CUGCCGUGUUUAUAAUAGACAGAGUCAGAGUCCAUUUGCAUCUUCUUUGCUUCUUGUUGUUGUUAUUGUCAUUGUCAAUAUUGCAUUUGCUGCUGGUGAAGCAGUUAUUCACAUCGCGCCAAAAUGUCCUCCAUCUCAGCCUCUGUGCUCGUCGGUCCGAAAGAGCUCAUCCUCGAAACCCGCACACUCCCAGACCCUCUUCCAAAUGAAUGCCAGGUCGCCGUCCGCGCGACUACCCUCUGUGGCUCUGACCUCCACUACUACAACCACUUUGCCAACGGCGACUUCAAGGUCCGUGAAUCGCUCUCUCUCGGCCACGAGUCCGCGGGCGAGGUCGUCGCCGUCGGUUCCGCUGUUACCGAUCUCAAAGUAGGUGACCGUGUAGCGCUCGAGGUUGGCAUCUCUUGUCUCGAAUGCGACAUGUGCCGCCGCGGAAAAUACAAUCUCUGCCAGAGAAUGCAGUUCAGGUCCUCGGCCAAGUCGUUCCCUCACUUCCAGGGAACCCUGCAGGAGCGCAUCAACCACCCUGCCUCUCUCUGCCACAAAAUUCCCUCUUCGAUCUCCUACGACGCUGCUGCUCUGAUCGAGCCUUUGUCCGUCGCUAUUCACGCAUCCCGCCGCUCCGGAGUUAACCCGGGUGACAAAGUGCUCGUGUUUGGUGCCGGCGCCGUCGGUCUCUUCUGCGCUGCCAUGGCCGCUGUCUCUGGUGCGUCCACAAUCGCAAUUGCAGACAUCUCCCCCGGACGAGUCGACUUUGCCGUCAAGAACGGCUUCGCCACGCAUGGUUACGUUGUCCCUCUCGGCCCUCGCCCGACUACCACCGAAGACAAACUGAAAUCGGCACGUGUCACAGCCGACGCGAUCACAAGCAUCAAGAUGUCUGAAGACGAAGACGAAACCCUCGAGUCGUUCGACGUCGCUUUCGAGUGCACCGGCGUCGAGAGCUGUAUCCAGGCCUCGAUCUACGCUGCCAAAGCGGGCGGCAAGGUUAUGUUUGUCGGCAUGGGCUCACCCGUGCAAACCCUACACGUCGGCGCUGCCAUGACCCGCGAAGUGGACUUGCUCGGAGUGUUUAGAUACGCAAACGUCUACCCGACUGCAAUCGCCCUUCUGCGCCAGGGUAAGAUCCCGGCGUUUGAGAGCUUAGUCACGCAUAAAUUCUCGGGCUUGCAGAACGCGGCUGCUGCUUUCGAGGUUGCGGGGAAGACGUCGGAUGAGAAUGGAAACUUGGUCAUCAAAACUGUCAUUAAUACCUAAUUGUCAUCUGUUUAUUUACUCUUAUCUUAGUUAGCAUAGAACUUAGUGUCUCAAUACUACAUUUCAUCUUUAUGUCUUUUUACUCUAUAAUAUGCCCG